UGUUGUCUAGCAUCAUAUAGCCGAUAAACCGUAAAAAUGCUUUUCUCCGUGUUCACAUUCCUCUUUAUUAUAUUUAGUCUAAAUGAGUCCAAACAAAAAGAUUUUUAUACGUUUAAAGUUGUUAACAGCAGAGGAAGAUUAGUUUCCUUGGAAAAAUACAGAGGUUCGGUUUCCCUGGUGGUGAAUGUGGCUAGUGACUGUGGCUUCACCGAAAAUCACUACACAGAGCUGCAGCAGUUGCAGAGGGACUUCGGGCCGUCCCACUUCAAUGUCCUGGCCUUCCCCUGCAACCAGUUUGGCCAGCAGGAACCUGGCAGUGACAAGGACAUUGAUGCCUUCGUCCGGCGAGUCUAUGGUGUCUCUUUCCCCCUUUUUAGCAAGAUCGCUGUGGUGGGCACUGGGGCCAACAAUAUCUACAAGUACCUACUGGAUGUGUCAGGUAAAGAACCUGACUGGAACUUCUGGAAGUACCUCAUUGAUACAGAUGGGAAAGUUGUGGAUGCCUGGGGCCCCAGCACCUCUGUCAAAGAGCUCCGACCCAAAAUAGCUGAAAUGGUACGGAAUAUCAUCCUCAAGAAGAAAGAGGAGCUUUAACCAAAUAAAACCUCAAGACCUUAGAUGACAAUCUAUUUAAGAGGAUCCUAUGUAAUUGAAUGUCACUCAGAAAACACCAAUUAGCAUCAUAGUCCAAGCACCAGAUGUUAUAUACAGAUUACUUCUUUAUUUUUACUAUUUUCAUUGUAGAAUAAUAGUGAAGACAUCAAAACUAUGAAAUAACACACGGAAUCUUGUCGUAACCAAAAAAGAGUUAAACAAAUCAAAAUACAUUUCAUAUUGUAGAUUCUACAAUGUAGCCACCCUUUUGCACAGUUUUGCACACUUUACGUUCUCUCAACCAGUUUCCUGAGGUAGUCAUCUGGAAUGCAUUUAAAUUAGCAGGUGUGCCUUGUUAAAGCUGAAUUUGUGGAAUUUCUUUCCUUGCAUUUGAGCCAGUAAUUUGUGUUGUGACAAGGUAGGUUUUGGUAUAUAGAAGACCAUUAUUAUGUCUGUACUGUAGUAGUCCAUAUUAUGGCAAGAACAGGUCAAAUACGCUAAGAGAAAUUACAGUCCAUUAUUACUUCCAGACAUGAUUGGCUGUUUGUCCGGAACAUUUCAAGGACUGAGAGUUUCUUCAAGAGCAGUCGCAAAAACCAUCAGUCACUUUGAUAAAAACUGUAUCUCUUGAAGCCACAGGAGAGGAUGUCUGACAGUUUACUCUGCUUCAGAAGAUAUGUUAGAGUUGGCAUCCUUAGAAAUCGGCAAUUGACUGCACCCAUUAACUUUUUAAUAAGUUAUCUAUGACUGUAUUACUGUACAAAAAUCCUAAUUUGGAUGCACUGACCAAAAGUGAAUACUCGUCUGUAAGGCUCGCUGCAGAUGUUAAAUUCCCAUGCUGUCUUUUUAAUUCAGUUUUUAAGUCUUCAGUAUAAAUCAACAUUUCCUUUAGUAGUUGAUGUGUCAGAACAAAUUUUUGUUGGGUGAAGUCUGUAAAGCUAAUUGCAUAUAACUCAGUUACAUGACCUUCAGUGUGGACAUUUAUGGACAACUAAAGAACUUAAAACUAUUAUCUGCAGCUAAUGCAAGAAAAGCUGCCUCUGUUAUUGUUUUACUGAAAAAACCUUGUUGUGUCAAAAUAUCAAAGUUGUAAAUCAAUUGUGUUUUAAUGUAUUUUGAUCUUAUGAAAUAACCCUAAAGUGCAGGGGCUGUGUGCCAUCUUUGUGAGAACAAUCAACAGUCUUUUUCUGUUCUUUAUGAUACAGUAGUCAUUUUUUAUUGAUCUGCCUGAAAAACCUUCUCACCUUUAAUGACUUAAAUUUCAUGCUUGUACUUAAUUGGAAAAACAAUGUAUUGUGAAUGCCUUUAUAAAAGUAUUUUCUUUUGUAUACAAAGUUGCAAAUGGUACAUUUAUUAUAGUUAAUUUUGGUUUAACUUGCAAGGAAGGUUUUCUCUACUUGAGUUGUUAAAUAAAAUGUUUUUGGCCCAUCCAA